AUGCGUGAAGAUGCUGCCUGCCAUCGUGAGAUGCUCGAGUGGGCGAGGCGCUGCUUCCCCAUCCGGUUAGGCCCAGGCUCGCAGUCCUCACCUUCUCCUACGUGCUGGUGCGCGGGCCUGGGUCAGGUACUCGAACGAAAGCUGUUUUAGCGACCAUGCCGCGCCGUGAAUGCACACCAGCUCCAAGGGGGACGCCGCGCUGCUCCGGCCAGCACCACCGGCCCUCUUCCUUCUGCUCCCACUCCCCCAUCGCCUGCACUCUGGUCGCCGUUGCUUUGCAUCCCCUGCUCGACGAUAACUCGCCCUGAGGACACCGCGCACUCACGCCCACGGUUGACCUGCAAGCGUACCAGCCAACCGCCAACCCCAGAACAGGCUGACUGCAAGGACUGGCCACGCCCGCCACCAACCCUCUUCCCAUCACUGCCGUCUGCACCCAUCACCGCCAUCACCGCCAUCACCGCAUCGCGGCUCCACGUCGCCGGCCACUUUGCGAAAAUGUCGUCCAAGCCAACAAAGACGCUGACUGCUGUCCUCAAGCUGUCGCCCAAGACACUUGCCCAGUUCCCCCACGAGGCCACCCCACAGCCGUCGCCGGCAUCAAAACCCGCCUCGACCCCAGAAGCCUCACCUGCACCCCAGAUGGCCGACUCAGCUGUUGCCGACACGCCCGCCGACACACCCGCCGCCAUGAACGGAGCGAGCACGCCGUCGUCGCUCGCACCGCCAGGCUCUGCGCCCGGCAGCAAGCGCAAGGGGGCCGCUCCGAAAGCAGGCACAAAGCGCAGCGCUGCUGCCCUCGACGGCCCUAGCACGCCCAGAGCUCGCGGCAAGCCCGGCCCAAAGAAGCGCAAGCUCGCCGACAUAGUCAACGAUCCUAACAGCAAAACUGCCUCCGCCACACCAAACCCUCUCCAAAAACUCGGUCCCAAGGCAAACCAGGGCGCCAUCAAUGCCGGCCUGCGUGCCCUUGACCGAACUGGCAAAUUCAAGGCUCGCAAGUGGGAAAAGAAGGGGUUCAAGCUUCGCAGCUUCACUGGCGUCGUCUGGGGUGUACCCUCUUGGAAGGCACCCAGCCGUAGCUCGGGCUUCGCAGACGACGUCAAGAGCGACUCGACUGGCUCCAGCGACACCAAGAUCAAGGACGAGAGCAGUGCCGUCAGUGAGAAGAGCGGUCUCAAUGGAGACGCCGCGACGCCGCAGCCACCGAUCAUGGAGGCUCUCAACAGUUCACCAGCCCCUAUGCCUGUUGUCUAGUACGCAGCUCCUGCCUACUUCUCUUCUGACACUUGUACCAUUUUGCAUAUUUUCUAGCAUUUUCGGCGUUCAGAAAGCGCAUUGCGGGUAUACCAAACGGGGUUCUUUGCAAAGGCGUUUGGAUAUGGCACAAGGGGAGACACGCUUGUUCAUGCCGCGCGUGACGUGCUCAAACCCGGGUCGGGCGUCCUGGGCAUAGCUUGCAUCCAUUGUGCAUUUAUUGGGAAGAAUGAUGAGCUUUCGUAGUAAUAUUGAGAUAAAGAUUAAUUCUGUUGUUGCGCAAAUAGACCUUCGUCCUAG